AUGACUUUUUCAGUGCACGUGAUGACGGCGGCGAAGGACCCCAGUCUUACGUUACGGCUGCAGCGACUUUAUAAGCAUGUGAUGGUUACGAUAGAAGAAGGUGCCAGAGUUGAUUCUCAGCACGCGCUUCACUCCAAGUUGAUGAUGGAGGUUGCACAAAACUACAGCGACAUCCUGGGAGAGGCCGCCUCAUUAAUGGUUGUGCCGGAUUCCGCUGUAGUUAUAGACGAGGCGCUCCGUGUGGCCUCCCGCUUAUUGGCGUUUGACAGUCAUGGUGAUCACGGCACGUCAACAGCCACGGAGACAGGGGCCACGUUCAUUGGGUAUGUAUUGGAAGGUAUAGAGCAAUUAGUCAAGCUAUUUCCCAGCAAUCACGGCCUGCCACUGCCUAAGCCGUCACGGGAGGAAUUAAUUGCGGUGGUGCGUCUGUUGCUUUUCCCCGUCGUACAGCAACGGUCCGAGCUGGACCCAACUGCUUCAUUCAACUUACAAACGUUAUGUAGUGCUAAUGUGGUUGCAGAGGUGUCACUUCCUCAGCAUGCAUGGAGGGAUCGCCGGCUCGUGUGUGCUCGCUUGCUAACGGAGCGCGGGCUGCCUCGUUGCAGAGACGUGGAGGAGCUUCUUUCGUCGUCUUGCGUCUACGGCGGUAUGCUACAAAAGUUUCUUCUUGAGACAAUACAAGAGGAAUUUACGGUGAUGCGCCGCCAUGCGAGCGGUUCACUGACUGCGUUAAGCGAUCUCACAGACGAAUUUGGGGACGAAGCAGGUCCUAGCAGCAGCAGCAGCAGCAGUGAUGCAAGCCGGUUUUUUUACUACGCUGUUCUUUCCGUAUCGGCGCGCGGUGUGCCCACGCGAUCAGGAAGAAGUGCCUCAACAUCUUCAAGCUUUUCAACGGGGUGCAACACACCACGCUCUCGCCAUACAGGUGACGACCACGUCUGGCAGAUGCGUAGCGCUAAGAGUCGCAGCGGCACAAUUAAACGACUUGUGUGUCAAAGGAGCGCCGCAGUGCUUUGGUCACUCGCUGCGUUGGCUUCCCUCGGUACCGCGAUGGCGCAUCACGAAGAGGCGGCAUCGCAAGAGUUGUACGACCAAACUUCAGACUUUGUGGACUUUGCUGGGGAUCUCGUGAGCGUCUGCGCCGUUGUUGUCCGUCCAUUUCUCACAGAACACUUGGACUUGAUGCAACAAAUAAGCCAGGAGGUGUUUCCUGUUUUUUCGCAGCCACAAGCUAUGCGAGGAAUUUUGCAGUAUAUUAAUGAGGAUGUGGCGAGUUACCGCCGAUACAAGGACGUGGUGCAGCAGUUUCUCUCCCGCUGGGACCCUGCAUUUGCUCGCGUGUCCCUUCCACCCACGAAAUCGAAUGACGCCUUGUUUGCCUCACCGCGGGAGACACGAGAGACGAGCGAGAAGAGGCACGAGGAGGAGGAAAAGGAUGUUCUUGUGCAGGGCAACCCGGCACUGGGAGUUGAGAUGGAAAAGGAGAUAACGCCUCAGUGGGAGCCUGUGGCGCCCGCGUUGGCGGUACACCUUGCACUACCGAUUUUGGACGACGUUGAGCUGGAGGUGCCGGAAGUGGUUUCGCUCUUCACGGAGGUGAAGCAAUUUCGAGAGGCGGAGCGGGAAGUGCUGUGGACCUACUGGGCGCGUCUGCGUGGAAAAACCACGGCACUAGCUGCCGCUGUCGCCCGCAUGCAGCAGCGCCUCAAUUCUGCUUUGGAGUCCAGGGCGAUGUUUUUUUCACUUAGCAAAGUCUCCAGAAAAGAUUUUGAGCGGGAGUGGGGAGAUCAAAUCUCUCAGCGUUUGCUGAAACUGCAGCAGGCGAUGCGCAGCGUUCAACGCCAGCGGGGGAAACAGCCACGGCAUGUGUCACAGAUGCCUCAACUCCAAAGGUGA